AAAUAAACAACAAAUAAUCGAUUUUCCGACGCGUCGCACGAAGAUGGGUAAAACCAGCAAAGAUAAGCGAGAUAUUUAUUAUAGACUUGCGAAGGAGGAAGGUUGGCGUGCCCGUAGUGCGUACAAGCUGCUGCACAUCGAUGAAGUGUUUCAUAUUUUUGAUGGUGUUACUCGUGCCGUCGAUCUGUGUGCUGCUCCCGGAAGCUGGAGCCAAGUGCUUUCAAGAAGGCUGUACGAAACGCGAGAACCGAAAGAUCGGGAUGAGGUGAAGAUUAUCGCUGUCGAUCUGCAGGCGAUGGGACCGCUGCCGGGCAUCAUACAGCUACAGGGCGACAUCACCAAGCUCAGCACGGCCCAGGCGAUCAUAGAACACUUCGGCGAAGGAAAGAAGGCGCAGUUGGUCGUUUGUGAUGGUGCUCCGGAUGUAACGGGGUUGCACGAUAUCGACGAGUACAUCCAGUCCCAGCUGCUGCUCGCUGCGCUCAGCAUUACCACGCACGUGCUCACGCUCGGUGGUACCUUUGUUGCGAAAAUCUUCCGUGGAAAGGACACCAGCUUGCUCUACUCGCAGUUGAGAAUAUUCUUCUCCCGUGUCACCAUCGCCAAACCGCCCAGCUCGCGCAAUUCCAGCAUCGAAGCGUUUGUGGUGUGCGAAGACUAUAAGCCACCGGAGGGGUACGUGCCGCAACUGAUCGAUCCCAUGCUGGAUGAUGUGCAGAAAAUUGCCUGCGAAACGGGAUCACCGGUGAACCGGGCGAUUGUUCCAUUCCUGGUAUGCGGAGAUUUGCGUGUAUUUGAUUCGGAUAUGUCGUACAGUUUAAAUAUCGAUCCGGAGAAGGGCUACGAAUACCGCGACGUGGUACAGAAACCCUUGUCACCUGCGUACAGCGAGGUUUUGGAGCGAAUGAAGACAACUUCCCUAAAGCACGGUAGCAUAAAGGUUGAGGCGGACAAAAAGAUGGACUAAAAACUGGCACUUUUACGAAACAAACUAGAUGGUUAUGAUAAUUUUUUUUGCAGCAUAAUAAAUAUUUCCAUGGUAUGUAAACGA